UUGACAGAGAAGGAUAUGCCUGGCCUUGUUGGGCUGAACCACUUUCGUGACCCCACGAACUUCUGGGUGAACCCUGAUAACACAUCAGAGUGGCUGGUGGCUUUUGUAGCCAGUAUUAACAAAGGUUCUUCUGGUGUAACUGCAGCGCAGGUUGUUGUUUUCGCUACCAGUGAUCCCAAUUUUCGUUCAGACUUCCGAUUCUCACAUGCCAUUUGGGAAAAUUUAUUCGAAUUUGACGACAUGCUUGAAUGUCCAGACUUUUUCAAACUGGGAGACGACGAAUACUAUUUGAAGGUGUCAACAAUGAUCAGUGGUCAGGACUACUGGGUGUAUGGUAACUACUCGAAGAAUUAUGUAGAUCAAACGAUCUACCAAGAGGACUUUGGUCGCAGCCGGACAUACAUCGACUACGGCAGAUGGUAUGCAUCCAAGCAGAAUUAUGAUCCCAUUCUC